CAGAUGAAGCUGCUUUGGUGGAAGGUGCUAAAAAGCUGGGCUUUGUGCAGUGAGAACACCAUACUCGGUCAUCAUGGAAGCAGUAGAGCUUUGGAGCCAAACCCUUCUGAUGAUCCAAGGGCAAGCACAAUCUUCCUGCGAAAAUAUCAAACAGAUGCUAUCUACUAAGCCUUUUACUACAAAGUACAGCUCGUGUUCAACCAUAUACUUAGAUGACAGCACAGUCAGCCAGCCUCAUUUUACAACCACAAUAAAAUCAAAUGAGCUUGAAAGACAGUUUUUGCAGCUAAUUGUCUAUAACGUCAAAGUUUCUGGAAGUGUUUAUGCCAAGUACUAUUUUGAUCUUCGAUCCUUGGCAAAGGACAAUAGCUUGCAUUUGCCAGUUUAUCUUCUCAACAAAGAAAGAGCACAGAACCUGCAAGCUGUUUCAAGGGUGGAAGACACAAAAAUCUUUCACAGUGCUACCAUGAGAAGGUCCUUCAGCGCUGAUAAUUUCAUUACUCUUCAGCGCCCUAAAGCCAUUAUCUCUUGAAAUAAGAAAUGAGGGGCUAUAUCAUCUGAACCCCUCAUCAAAAAAGACCAGAAAAUAUUACUUCUCCUGCUCAACAACUAGAAAAGUCAGUAUUUUCAAAAGAAGAAAGAUCUUAAAGUUGAGAGACUUGUGGACAACUAGGAUUGCACUCCACAGGAAAAAAAUGGGAUCUUUGCAGUGCAACAAGUCUCGUACACUCUUCUGUCUUGCUAAACGUAAA